UGAAAACUGAAGAAAAAGAAAACAACUAAAACAAAACAAUUAUUUUAGUGCAGGCAGGUGAUGGAAAGGAAAAACAAGAAAACAAAGCAAAAGGAAAAUUCCUGCAGGAAAAUCAACAUUUGUACAACAUACGAUACAUAAAGGACAAAGGAAAACUGUACCAGCUGCUUUUUAAAAGCAAGCAAGCAAGCAUUUAGAUAUUAAAUUACGCAGUAUUAGAUAAGAAUCGAUCGGUAAAUAAAAGUGUAAAAAUAAUAAAAUGACUACACCACAAAAUACUAGAAUAGCCUUAGCCGAUCGUUUGGAGGCCCUACGAGUGGCCACCACUCCAACAAAUAAUCAUAGACCAGAUGAACCAACACCAGCCUCUAUAUUUGCCUCUUCGCUGAUGGACAACAAUACAAAUGUGGCUUUGGCACAGGAUUUUAAUAGUUUAAUACCCUCGCCGGAUGAAUUGAUAAUAAGACAACGCGGACGACGGCGUCCUUUAAUAGACUGGACACCUGAACAGGCCGCUGCCACUACCAAUUCCGUAAUGCGUAAUCCUUUUCAAAGAACACCCACUAAAAUGCCUUUAAAUACGAAUAUGAUUUUAAGGAGUUCGCCGCGAAAACGUUUGACCAUGGGUAGUACACCACCCGAACCGGCGGGUAUGUGCUUUGGCGCCAAUACAAAUUCACCCACAAAACUUAAUGCCAAACAGCAAUUGUGGCCUGGCACUCCGGUCGUAAAGAGAUCACGUUUGUGUGAAGAUGAAAAACCCAUAGCUCAGCUAAAUGAGGAAUUACCUUUGGCCACUUUACUGCAGGGUUUGUCACAGCAACAGUUGAUACAAUUGAUAGUGGGUAAAUUAGUGGCUGGAAAUCCCAAAGCGGAGGCUGAAUUAAGAGCCCAACUACCAACACCUGAUAUCGAAACCAUGGAGCAGGAACUCCUACAUGCUAAACGCAUGAUCUUCAAAUCUCUACCCACCUCCCGUUUAUGCAAGAAAACCGAUAGUACUGCAUAUACACGGGCCUCCCUACAUCUCAAUGAAUUUAAACGUUUGGUCACACAACACACUAAACAACUGCAUGAUUCUGCACACUGGGAUGCAUUGCUUGACUAUGUAUUCAUGGCUUGGCCUUGUGUUAAGGCCACUCCUAAUUGGGAUAAUGCCACUCAUAAUACUAUACGUCGACAAUGCUUUAAACUACUAACUUGUGCCUGUAUGGCGGCUGUUAAAUGUGGUGGCACUCGUUUGGGUUCAACCCGUCUUCAUACUCUAGAGCGUAGUUUGCGUGAUUGGUCUCAGGAUUAUGAAGAUGUUCUGUCAUGUAUUAAUACUCUAAAUAAGGCUUUGUCAAAAGGACGUACAAGUCUUUAAGAUCAAUUUCAUAUUUGUAUAGCAAUUUACUAUUUUUAACUAUGUAAUUAAUUUUAAUUUUUAUUUUUAAAUUUAGUAGACUUUACUAAAACUAGAUGUUUUAGUACAAGUUUGUUUAUACUCAACGUGUUCUAGUUUGUAAGAUAAAAACAAUAAUUAAUUUUAGGUUUUAUACUUAUACAUAUAUCGAGUUCCUGUAAUACUAAACUGGAUAAGUUAGUGGAACUUUGCAUAUGACAAAUUGUUAUUACAGGUUUUAAUUUUAUUCAUCCUGUAUUUGCCAUAUUUUUUAUUAAACUUUUUGUAUUUUUUAAAAUAAUUUAAAACAUUACAUUGUAUGCAAUAUUUAUGCAAUAUCUUUGUGUCAGUGUUUUUUUUUGUUUUCGCCCCUCACAUACCAAAUAUCAAAAUUCGUUAUUCAAAAUUUUUUUUUUAUAUUUUUUUUGUUUAAUUCAUACCAAAAGUAUUUUAUUUUAUUCGUACGAAUAUUAAUUUCAUCUCUUUCAUCAAGUAAUUUUUUAUUUUUUUAUGUGAAAUUAAAUUUUGUAAUUAUUUUUUUCUUAUACAACACACCACACAUAAUAAAAUUAUUUGUAAACAACUAUUUUAGUGCUUUAUUUAUAAGACAAUCGACUUAAACAGGUAUCAAACUUUACACAAACCAUAGCUCAAACUAUAGACUAGACUAUAAACUAGACCAUAGUCUAUAGACAAGACUGCUGAUUAGACUAUAGACAAUACUAAAUAUAAACCACACUUUAAACAAAACUAUGAAUUAAAUAACAGACAGACUAAACUAUGUACUAAACCAAAGAUUAGACUGGCGACUGGACAAUAAACAUGGACUAUAGAUCAAACUUAGUUUAUGAACGAUAUUUUAUAUAAACCAUAAACUGUAGAUUCUACAAUAGACUAACUACAGGUUAAACUAUAGACUUGAUUAUAGACAAUGAACUAGACUAUAUAUUCACUAUAGACAAGACUACUAUAGAAAGGAUUAUUGACUAUGCUAUGGACUAUACUAAUAAAUAGACUAUUGACCAGACUAUACACUAGACUUUAGACAAUACUACAAACAUGACUAUAGACUAAACUAAAACUACACUAUAAAUUAUAGACUAGACAAUAUACUGAAUUAUGGACUAGACUAUAGAUUAGACUACACUUAAGACUAAUGAUUGGACUACAGAAAAGACUAUAGAUUAGACUUUAUUUAUAUAGCUUUUAGACUAGCCUAUGGACUAGACUAUAGAUU